ACUUGAGUUCAGCUUCUAAAAACGCUUGUUGGAAACACACUCUAACACAUUGAACUCCCUAUCGGGGCACAACAUCUAUAAAACAAUAUUAUUAAGUAUUCUUGUGUUCAUUACGUUUAAGACUUUUUCAAAUCAGGAAUUUUAAAAUGGCCCUAAUGCAACACACUUGCAACAGGUUCUAUUCUUUAUUCGGUCGCAUUAACGUUCGCGCCUUCUCAAAAGACUCUAAAACUAUUGAGAAAGCCAUUAAAAAAUCUGUGUUUAUUUCUCAAUCAAAUGAUGUCUACAUGAACUUGGCUCUUGAAGAAUGGCUCUUCAAAAACUUCAACUUUAAAAAUCAUCAUGUCUUGAUGCUAUGGCAAAAUGAUCCGUGUGUAGUGAUUGGAAGGCACCAAAAUCCUUGGUCUGAAACUAACAUUUCUGAUCUGCACAACCAUACAGAAAAUGGCAUUUACCUGGCGAGAAGAAGUGGCAAUGGAGGUUCCGCUUAUAAUGAUAAUGGCACACUCAAUAUGACAUUCUUUACAACUAGAGAGAGGUAUAAUGCUCAGAACAAUACUGAGGUUGUUGCAAGAAGUAUUUUCAGGGAGUUUGAUAUUAAGACGAGCAUGGGGAGUGAUGAAAAUCUUUUGUUGAGAGGCAACAAACAAGUAUCAAACAAAGGUGCAAAAAUAGGCAGAGACAAUUCCUAUCACAGCAUGUCACUUAUGGUAAAAUCAAAUAAGGUCAACCGCAAUAUGGCUCUUCAAAAACAUGAUAUGAACAUCAGGACUAAAGCCACCACUCUAGACGUGCCAACAAACAUGAUGAAUCUAUGUGAGGAAAACCCUCAGGUCAAUGUAGCAUCUCUGAUAAAAGCUGUUGGAUGGGAGUUCCUUAGGACUAAAGCUUUAACAGUGAGGGAUGGGGGAAUGGAACUUGCCUAUCAACAAAAAGGAUUCCAGAUGAUUAAUCCUACCGAGAACUGGUUCCCAGGAUUAAACGCCAUUCGGGAAAAAUACAGUAGCUGGGACUGGUGCUAUGGUAAAACUCCAAAAUUCAACAUAACUCAAGCUUUUAAAGUGCCCGGAGGACUCGUACGUAAUAAUACUAGUGCCCCUGGUAAUCUACAUGUAACAAUGACUGUAGAAAAUGGACGUAUUUCUGAUAUAACCAUUUACGUUCCAAAUGAGUUGAACUCUUUAGGAUUCACUGGUGAGGCUAAAGUGAUCCAUAGCCUUAAGGGAAAGAAGUUUUCAGUGCAAGCCUUUGAUGAUAUGGAAGAUUCUCUUGGUUGUCUUUUGGACGAGAAAGACAGAUUUGUUACAGAGUGCUUAAAGCAAAUGGCUUGUGCUUAGAUAGUGUGAUGUGUGAAAAAGACCUGAACAGUAAUAACAAGUUUCAAGGACAGCUUAAUAUUCCUAAUGGUUUUAAUGUCUGAAUAGUAAAUAAGUCUUCCAAAAAAAGCAUUGUUUUAAUUUAAGUAACAGAGGCUGUUUGAUAUAUAAUCGUUUUUUUAGUUUAGUUUAGCUAGCACAGCCACUGUGCAGCUUUCAAGAAUUAAUCAUAUCAAUACUUUAUAGUUUCGUUAUUUUAGCAGGAUUUAUUUUAAUGUUUGUUUAUCGUAUUACACAGCUUUUGUUUGUAUUUGUACUUUUCAAUAUUGUUUUGCAGCUGUUGUGCCUUACAUCUGUUAGGGUAGUUAUUAUUUAGAUUAUAUAUUUUGUGUCUGUAAAUGUUUUAUAUUAUAUUAUCUUUAAUUCACUGUUUUAUCGUGAAUAUAUGUAUAUUUUUAUAAGCAAA